GCGCCCGCGUAGCGCUGUGGUAAAAAUACACGGGCUGCUGAGUUUCUUUGGCGGGCUUGCGAUCCGAAGUUAAGUCGACAUCUUUGUUCGCCCGCAAUGAAGAUGAGCCGUCGACUCUUCUUGCUAGUUUUCACAGCGGCAAGUGUUUGCCAAGGACAAAACCAAACAGCGACGUCAAGAGACCGCACCUCAGCGGCCCCCACCACGGACGCAUCAACAAGACCAAUGUCGACCCAUCAGAAUCGAAUUUGGACCGAUCAACCUGAUGAGCUGUCAACAUCAACGGGACAAACACCCGGGACACAGAGAGAACCCAAGACACGGAUCUUUAUUGAUCCCGACAAGAAGAAGCUGACCACACCAGCGUAUGACACCAUCGUGGUUUCAACGAUAGCGCUAAAUGUCUCAACAGAGGCGGCGUCCUCCGCGGGCUCCCUUUCUUCCUUGGGUCCCAUCCUCCUGGUGCUGCUGUUACUGAUGAUUGUCAUGCUUCUAAUCAUCCUCUUAAUGCUGAGGAGGUCAUCCCGAAUGUACUCCUUUGACUUACAGCGGACGGCUCCUGGAAACCAUGCAGGGGAUCCUGCGGGCAACUUUGAGGCCCUCAACAUGGAUGACCAAGUGGCCAACAACAAAGCGCCACAAUCAGAGGAGCACGAUACCGUUUUUACAGUGCCACAAAAAGAGACGCACAUAAACCACUCAGACUUCUGACUCCAACCUGGCAAUCCAGGCCCACUGCUGACAAGGAGUCUGACCUAGACCACAUCACCCCACAUGGGACAACACAAGUUUGUGAUUUGUGUGGAAAUAAAAUUUUGUGGCUCCAUCUUA